GGUCUGUUCCCACUCUUCUUCCUGGCGGCUUUCUUUCAGAAGUGACUUUUAUAAACAAAAAAGAAAAAGAUAUUUCUAAAAGGAACAAACGCAGAAGCUAGAGCAGAAAGAGGAAAAUUAAAGAUGGAAAAAAGGCUAUCAGAUGCAGCUAUGGAAGGAGACAUCCAAUCCCUCCAAGAUUUACUUCAAGAAGAUCCUCUCAUUCUUCACCGUUCUAUAGUUUCUUGUGUCUCCGAGACCCCUCUCCAUGUUUCCUCCAUGCUAGGCCAUGUCAAUUUUGUUCAAGAGCUUCUCAAUCUAAACCCGGAGUUGGCUUCCGAGUUGGAUUCCCAUGGCUGCUCUGCUCUUCACCUGGCUGCAGCAAAAGGGCACCUCGAGAUAGUCAAAGAGUUGGUCAGAGUGGAUCCAGAGAUGUGCAUGGUAAGGAAUCAAGAUGGUAAGACGCCACUCCACCUGGCAGCUAUCAAGGGGAGGGUUAAGGUGGUGAGGGAAUUAGUCCGAGGUAGGCCUGAGUCUGCUCAGGUGGUGACUGAACGUGAUGAAACUGCGUUGCAUUUGUGUGUGGGAAGUAAUAGGUUGUUGGGGUUGAAGAGUUUGGUUGAAGAGAUUGGAAAAGAUGAUGAUGUAUUGGUGAAUCAGAAGGAUUGUGAUGGAAACACUGUGUUGCAUAUUGCUGUGGCCAAGAAGCAGAUUGAGAUCACAAAGUUUUUGCUUACUGUUCCUGGGCUGGAUAUAAAUGCAAUAAAUAAGAAUGGCUUCACAGUGUUAGAUACUUUGACACAGAGCCCCAGAGAUUUGAGAGACAUGGAGAUUGAAUGCAUUCUUGGAGAUGCUGGAGUUUUAAGUGCAAAGGAUCUACAAAUAAUUGCACCUGAGUGGGUUCUAAAUCCAACAAAAGUUCCCCAGACAACAAUGUCUCUUGUCUCACGUGUAUCAGCAGAAGAAAGCAAUUCAAGGAUGCCAAUACAAAAGCAUAAGCACACUGAUUGGCUUGGUAGGAAGCGAAGUGCAUUGAUGGUGGUGGCAUCAUUGAUUGCGACUGUGGCAUUCCAAGCUGCAAUAACCCCACCAGGAGGUGUUUGGCAAGCAGAUGAAAAUGUAGAUGGGAACGGAAACCCUCUGGAGCAUCCUCGCAAAGCCGGAACUGCUGUUAUGGCAUACAGCCAAGAUAUUGAGUAUGGUCAAUUUAUGAUUUUCAACACACUUGCUUUCCUUGCGUCUCUAAGCAUAAUACUCUUGCUUGUUAGUGGGCUACCGAUGAAGAGACGAAGAUGGAUGUGGAUUCAAAUGAUUAUCAUGUGGGUUGCCAUCACAGCCCAAGUGAUAACGUACUUCAUCUCUCUAAGACAUAUGUCACCAGAUAGCGCAGCAGGUAUGCUGCGUGACGUAACAGAGAUAUCAGUCUUAGCGUGGUUGUGUCUUAUGGGAGUUGUUUUCAUUGGGAAUGUCAUUCGUAUGAACUUAUGGGUUCUUAGAAAGUACGGAUUUAUUAAGGAAAAGGAGCAGAAACCUUCAGCUCAAGUUGACAAUGACCAGGAAGAUGUGUGAGAUGGAAGUAAUGAAAAUUUUGCAAGUUUCAUGCUGGUAGCCUACACUCAAGUUAUUGUUCCAAGCCUGUCGUACCUAGUUUCAGAUUGGUGUGAUAGAUUUGUAAAUGUUAAAGUUGGAUCAUUUUUUUUCAGCAAGCUUUGCUGAGAACAAGUUUUGUCCUGCAUAUACCACUGUGGUAAUUUCUUACUUUUACAAUACUAUAUUUCUACUGUAAAGCAUACCAAAUUGGAAUGACAUGGAUAUUAAACUGUAUAUUUUCUA